AUGGAUCCAAUAACACAGUACUCCCGCACCCACCGCAUCGUUCUCCUGAUAGAUCUGGACCCACUCCUCCACAACCACAACCAUAACCAUUACACAACCACCGUACUCUCCUCCGCCAAAACCCUUCUCUCUUUCCCUCCCCUCUCUUCCUCUCUCUUCGCCUUCAAACUCUUCUUCUCUUCUCUCUCUCCUCUUCUCUCCUCCUCCAAGCUCCACCCUUUCCUCCCUAAACCAUCCCUCUCUCUCUCCUUCGACCACUCCUCCUCCACUCUCCACCUUCUCUCCCACACCCUCUCUUCCCUCCCUCAAUUCCCCACUCCUCCACCGUCGCACCACCCCAAAGCUUCCCACCUCGCCGCCUCCAUGCGCCAGCUCCUCCACGACUACGCCUGGGACCCCGAUCCGGUACCCGCCGACACUUAUAAUUCGGUUGUUGUUCCCCACAAUUUGGUCCUUUUGUUCUCGCCCAUGUUUGAAUCUUUCCAGGGUUUAUCUGCGUUUCUUGACGUCAACGCUGGUGAUGAGUCGUUGCGAAAUGUGAUUUCUUUUUGUGAGAGGCUUUCUGGGUUCUUUGGGAGUGUGAGUCGUUUGUUUGAUUCCAGGGGUAUUCAUUUCAGUUGGGUUAGUGUUAGUGAUAGUUUUGGAUUUGAGAAUGAUGAGGUUAGAAACAUUCGUGGGUUGUUUGAGACUGGUGCUGGGAAAUUGGGUUGGGGUUUUUGCUCUGUUGAUUCAAUUGUGCUUGGUUCAGUUCUUGUCCCUUUUGGCUUGAUUUAUCCCAAGAUUGGGAUUUCUUGGGAAUCUGUUCGGGUAAAUCAUUGUUCUUCUAGGAAAGUUCAAGUGCAAUUGAGUCUUCAGAUCUUGGAUGUAAAUGGGAAUCCCAUUGAGCUCAACUGUUGUGAUCUUGAGUUGGUUGAUUUGAAAAUUUUAGGUAGAUGUGAGGAUGUACGGCUUAAUCCGGAGUUGACGAAUUUGCAAGCUGGAGGUUGUGAAAGAAAGGAAAAUUUGUGGAAACUGUGCUUGGAUGGAAUCACGAAAUUGGAACUUAAGGUUGUGCGGAAGAGUGAUGCUUUUGUUAACUUAAGGGACUGCUUCUCUCAUUCUGUUCUCGUGCGUGAGGUUUUCAGAGAAUCUACGAAAAAGCACAAGGGAAGUUCGAAUGAGUCUUUUGCAGAUAGGGUUCUUGAAAUUGUUGCAACUGAUUUUGGUUGCCAGUGGCAGAGAAAAUCGGUACCCAUUUGGGAGAUCCUCUUAAGUUUUCUCUAUAAAGAAGGUUGCUGGGCUUUGGUAUCUGUUACCAAUGGCAAUGGUCGUUCUUGUAUGGGUAUUCUAAGGCCUUUUACCGUUUCUUCUGCCCUUUUAUCUAUAUUAGGGGAUCCACAAAUGGCUUGUGAUUCUGGGGGAGCAAAUAUGGUUCAAUAUGUUAAAACAGUGGAUGCUGAGAUUUGCAAAUCUGAGCGCAAAGUUAAGAAGAACAAGGAUUUGUUGGACUCUCAGGCUAAGAAGAGUGCUAUAGGGAUUGAAGGGCAUCAGAAAAAGAAAAUGAUGGAUCUGAAUACACUUCAAAACCUCACAUGGAGCUCCUUUUGUAAUUUAGUACAUGAUCAAUUUGAGAUAGAUUUGCAUGACGUUUAUUAUGUCAUGGAAUGUAACAAGUCAAAAAAGUUGAAGUUUUUGAAAUGCUGGAUGAAACAGAUGAAGCAAUCUGCCUGCUGUAAUCCAACUUUAUCAGAAAAACCAAAGCCAAAUCAGAUAAUUGCAGAAGAGGUUAAAGAUAAAUUGACUGAGUUACCUCAAAACGGUGAACAGCCAAUCUCCUCACCUGCCUCAGCUGGAAUUAACGCUGACGCUUCUACAUUACAGGAUAAUGAUGUGCUAGAUUUUAGGUCAGAAACUUCUGAAGCAUUUUUCAGUAACCUUUCCAACAAGAUUCACCAGGGAAUUGCAUCUGAAGUCAUACACCUGGGGGCUUUGUCAGAGCGUCUUGUGAAUUCAUCUAUAUACUGGCUACGUCAGAAGGUUGACAGGGAAAAUAUUUCUGAGUGUCAUUCUCCUUUAAAAGGUGAUAAUGCUUGUGGUAGCGUGCUUGCAACUGAACUGAUAAAACUUCUAUUAAGGGAGCCCAAGGAGUUAGCUGCAAAGCAUAAAAGCAGAAAUUCAUUCUCGCAGGCAUCCGAUCCAGGACCUACCACACUAAUUACAGAACAUGUAGUUAGAGAAUAUGAACUGCAGAUUUUAUUUCGGAUGCAAAUUUUACAAUCAGAGGUUGGAAGUGGAGUUGAAGAUUCCAGCAAACAGAAGUUUGUCAAACAAAUAUGCUUGCUUUUGGAGAACAUUCAGUGCCACAUGGAAGGGGGUUUCUUUGGUGAUUGGAACCUUGAAAAUUAUGUGGCAAAGAUCAUAAAAAACAGAUAUUCUCACACUCUUGAAGACGUGGUUCAUAAAAUCUACAACAAAAUGGACCUGCUGCUGUUUGCAGAUGAGGAUGAAGCCCCAAAUAGUUUACUCAACAGUGAGGACAGCAACAAAUCAUUGAACAAAAAAGUACAGAGAGAUGAAACGGGUGAAAACGAUGUCAGUCAUGAACCUGUUUCAGCAGAAAAUGAACCCUUUCAGUUGCAGACGAAUGACAGUGGAAGAUUCCAAAGGAUUAUAGAAGAGGAUCAUGAUCAAAAGCUAGUUGAAGCAAAGGAAAGGAGAGAGAGGGCAAGGAGAUUUUCAUCUUUUACAAGUUGGAUGCCUGAUUUGCAGAGAGUUUGGGCUCCAAAACAAAAUGGUAUGAAAUCCAAGACAGAUCCCUUCCGAAAGCUGCCAAAAAGGAAAGAGCGACAAAGGGCAAACGAUGACACAGUAUGUGAGACACCUAUGACUAUGACAGGAAACAAGCGUUCUAGCCGAUGGAGUGAUGGGAGUCAAAAAAGUGGCUCAGUUUCUAAGGCAUUGUUUCAGGAUGAUCAUUGA